CAAUAAGAAGGUCAGGGCACUGGCUUCACUCUCGACUUGCCCUCACCAGUGCCAAUUCAGAUGGUCCAUUACCUGCAACGUUCAAAUGCUACGCUAGUCCGCUGGUAUGAGAAGUUCUUCGUGGGGUCAUUUCUCAACUCGACUUCCACCAUUACUGUGUACCUCGCCUACAUGUAUUGUGGCAUCUUCUUCGCUAUUCUCAUCUUCUGCAUUUCGAUGGUAAUUCUUUGGAGACAAGCGGACAAGUGGAAAAAGUACACGGAUCAUAUUUGUGCUGGAUAUCAUUAUUACAGCGGUCGUUCAAGGGUCCCUGCAAAAUCAAGGCGGUCCAGAAGAUCACGCGGUUCAAGAUCUCGACAUUCCUCCAGAUCCGGUCGUUCGCGAAGAUCUUCGAGGCGUUCGGGACGAUCCGGUAGAAGCCACAGAUCAUCUCGUUCGAGGAGGAGCAGACGUUCUUCGCAUAGCUCACGGCGAUAG